AUGACGCCACGGCAGCGAUGUUUAAUUUUGUCAGAGCACCGCUGUAGUGAUAAUAACCCCCACAGGAAACUUUACCUCCGCGCCUAUACACUGAAGCAAACACAAAGCAUUUCGCGUGGUAGUUUCUUCCUGAAUGGAAAUAAUGACGGUCGUGUUGUUAACUAUGUUGCGGCACAAGACGUUGUGGCUUCUCGUCGCGCUUGCUUGCUUUGUUGUUACCGUACAAUUGUGUUUGUGGAUUUUCUUGAUGCAGGUGCAGCUAGGCUUAAUGAGUGCUGAAAUUAGGGAUCUCAGCUCAAACGUUCACCAGAGUAAUGACUUUGUUCGGGAUUACAUGCACGCUUAUGCAAGUUCACCAAUAGAUGAUGAUGUCAGAUUUUUCUACACGUAUCCGAAGUCUGAAGUUAAGAGUCUGAAUAAUCUUUCUCAAGAAGACCCACUGUUGAUAAAACACAUUAAAAAAUAUCUGCUCAUUCGACCACCAAAGCAUUUUAAACCAAGAAUUUUUGAUGACGAAUCCAAGGGGCAAGGCAAAAGAAUAAGUGAACUGUUCAAACGUAAAACAGGGGGAAUUUUCGUGGAAUACGGUGCCGCAAAUGGCCAUUAUGAAUCAAACACGCUCUUCUUGGAGAUGCGUUACAACUGGACGGGACUUUUGAUUGUACCCAACCCCUACAAUUUUGGCCUGCGUUAUAGAAGGCAUCGCAACGCCUGGCUUUUGCCAGUGUGCAUAAGCCUGAAAAAGAGCCCAAUGAUGGCCAAGUUUAAUUUAGAGAGAGUAUCGCCAGAUGUAAACGUGCACUGUAUGCCACUGUAUUCAAUCCUGAAAGCUUUCAAUGCGACCAGCAUCGACUUUUUUAGCUUGGACGCUCAGGGCAACGAGCUGGACGUUCUGAGAACGCUGCCGUUUGAUGGAUUUGAUAUAAAGACUUUUUCCAUAAAUCUCUCCAACAUCAACGGAAGCAAAGAGCACCUGCAACAGUUUAUGACUUCAAAAGGUUACAAUAAGCUACCGUCCACACCAGAAUUAGAGAGGAAUAAUUCAAAAUUGGCUCUUGAAGACUGUAUUUUUGUCAAGAAAAAAUAGACGGAAUUGCAAUGUUUAAUAAUGGCGGGUGAUAUCAUCAUUAAGUCAACGAAAUAAAAUUUAUCUUAGCCUAAAAAAAUGUUGAUAAAUAUUUUUAUGUUGUAUAUUUACCAAAAAGUAGGUUUGUAUACGAGAAGAGAAAGCUGCCCAAAAUUUUUUGUUUGUUUCUGUAAAAGCGCUCGCCCACACAAACUGUUGAUUUGUUUGCACAUUGCAAAAUUUUGGGUUGCAAAAGAA